UUGGCGGGGUGUGGCUGCGUCCCAGGGCGGGGAAUCGCGUAAUGGCGGACACAGGCCGUGCGAGCGCGGCUGGGGGCGUAGCGCGCUGAGGGGGGUCCGGCCGUGAGGCAGCCCGCGAGGCGGUCCGCGGGAACAGACCCCGUGCAGAGACUGGGCGGGCGGCCGACCCUUCCUGUCGCUGAGGGCGACUGCGGGAGGCCAGGUUGUUUUUCAUCAUUCAGAACAUUGCCUGAAGCAGGUCCACCAUGCCGUUAGUAACGAGGAACAUCGAGCCAAGGCACCUGUGCCGUCAGACGUUGCCUAGUGUUAGAAGCGAGCUGGAAUGCGUGACCAACAUCUCCCUGGCAAAUGUCAUCCGACAGCUGGGCAGCCUGAGUAAAUAUGCAGAGGACAUUUUUGGAGAGCUCUUUACUCAGGCAAAUACCUUUGCCUCUCGGGUAAGCUCCCUUGCUAAGAGGGUUGACCGACUACAAGUUAAAGUCACUCAGUUGGAUCCCAAGGAAGAAGAGGUGUCACUACAAGGAAUCAACACCCGGAAGGCCUUCAGAAGCUCUACCAUUCAAGACCAGAAGCUUUUUGACAGAAACUCCCUCCCAGUGCCUGUCUUAGAAACAUAUAAUACCUGUGAUACUCCUCCCCCUCUCAACAAUCUUACCCGUUACAGGGACGAUGGAAAAGAGGCACUCAAAUUCUACACAGACCCUUCAUACUUCUUUGAUCUUUGGAAGGAGAAGAUGCUGCAGGACACCAAGGAUAUCAUGAAAGAGAAGAGAAAGCAUAGGAAAGAAAAGAAAGAUAAUCCAAAUCGAGGCAAUGUAAACCCACGUAAAAUCAAGACCCGUAAGGAAGAGUGGGAGAAAAUGAAGAUGGGACAAGAAUUUGUGGAGUCCAAAGAAAAGCUGGGGCCCUCUGGGUAUCCACCCACCUUGGUGUACCAGAAUGGCAGCAUCGGCUCUGUGGAAAACGUGGAUGCAGGCAGUUAUCCACCACCACCACAGUCAGACUCCGCUUCUUCACCUUCUCCUGCCUUCUCUGAGGACAACUUGCCUCCCCCACCAGCAGAAUUCAGCUACCCGGCAGACAACCAAAGAGGAUCUGGCUUGGCUGGACCCAAGAGAUCCAGUGUGGUCAGCCCAAGCCACCCCCCACCAGCGCCUCCUCUGGGCUCUCCGCCAGGCCCCAAACCUGGGUUCGCUCCACCACCUGCCCCACCACCUCCGCCUCCAAUGAUGGGUGUUCCACCUCCACCACCGCCUGUAGGAUUUGGGUCUCCAGGGACCCCUCCACCACCUUCACCCCCAUCUUUUCCACCUCACCCUGAUUUUGCUGCCCCUCCCCCACCUCCCCCCCCUCCAGCAGCUGACUACCCAACUCUGCCACCACCUCCCUUGUCCCAACCAACAGGAGGAGCCCCUCCACCUCCACCUCCUCCCCCUCCCCCAGGGCCCCCUCCUCUCCCUUUCAGUGGUGUGGAUGGCCAGCCUGCCAUACCACCACCACUUUCUGAUGCCACCAAGCCGAAGUCCUCCUUGCCUGCUGUGAGCGAUGCCCGUAGUGACCUGCUUUCAGCCAUCCGUCAAGGCUUUCAGCUGCGCAGGGUUGAGGAACAGCAGGAGCAAGAGAAGCGGGAUGUCGUGGGCAAUGAUGUGGCCACCAUCUUGUCACGUCGCAUUGCUGUUGAGUACAGCGACUCAGAAGAUGACUCCUCUGAGUUUGAUGAGGACGACUGGUCGGAUUAACUCUUUCUGCCGCUGCCCACCUUCUUUUUCUUUCCUUUCUACCUGCCUUCUUUGAUGCCUACCCCAACAGUCCCAUGGGGGAGAAAAGGGAGGAAAAAAAGAAUUUCAAGGGGCCAAAGCCUUCCCUGAAGCAACCAAAGAUAUAUCCAAGUGCUUCCUCCAAAUCAACAUGUAUUUCCUCUUCCCAUUGUCAGGCCCUGUGGGGCUCCAGAGGUUCAGUAGCCGGGGUGUUCCCUCUUCCCUUCAAGUGACUGUUGUGUAUUGAAAGGAAGGGAAAACCCCAAAGCAGAUCCCUUUGACUGAGAUUCAAUUGGAGAUGGUGCCUUCUGCUAGGAGGCAUAUUCAGCUGUGGUCUCCUUCCAAAAUCCCUGCCCUCAGCCACUUCAAAUAAUGCCAGCCACCUCCUGGUCCUAAAGCAGCAACAGUGGCCUGCAUGGACACAGCUGGCCCCUUUCCCAUGCAUUGAAAAGGCAGAGCAGGCCGGAGGCCCUAAUCAGCAAGGUGGGGCUGCCUUGUGCUAAGUGAUCUCUGUGCCUGGGAUGCCCUGUAUUCCAGGAGGCAAAAAGCCUCUAAAGAAUGUCUCGCCCCCUCUGCCCAGAAAUGCUGCCUUUCUGAAGGCUGAGCUAAUUGCCUGCCUUUCAGGCUCCCUCAUGGUGAGUAUGGCUCCCUGAAAUGCCCCUCCCUCACCUCUAGGUGCCUUUAGGCAGCACAGCCGUUUUAACCUCCAAUAUCCACGACCAAACUACCCCUGACACACAGGGCCCGGGGCCUCUGCUGGCUGUCAGGAACAAAGCUUAGAGACUUGGAAUGCAGGCCUGGAAGGAUGGUGGAAUUCCUUGGGUCCUGCCCUCUUAAGGAUGCCGAGACCUAGAGAUGGGAAGUGACUUGCACGAGGUUACACAGUUGGACAGUGACAGAGCUAGAGCCCAGAGUUCCUGAUUCCAAGUCACCUGUGCUUUCUGGGACCAAAUAAUGGGCACCUGCUGGGGUCUGGGCAGAGCUUUUUUGGCUCUGUGCUACUCCAGACUUCAUAGGCGGGGGCCCCAGUAGGAGGGCUCGGGCCUAUGCCAGCCCUGUCCGUGCUGCUCAGACCCUCCUCCCCUCUCUCAGAAUGCUUUGUUGCCCCUUCCCUAUCACCAGCCAACCACAUGGCCUUGGGAGCUGCCCUUCUGGGAGACCAUAAGUAGUGAGAGAAGGAGGGGGUAAGCAGCUUUGACAGGUGCUGUUUUCAAUUCCUCUGCAACUCCUCCCCCUUUUGUUUCCCCAAUUUAAGCAUAGGUUCUGCCAACUGUGGAAACUUUAGUCCCUCAGGCUGGCAGCCAUGUGGGUACCUGCCUGGGGGGGCCUGGCAGCCGUGAAGCAGGCUGAAAGGCAGAGGGACUCCGGGUCCUGUUUCCAGCUUCCCCCACACGCUGCACUGCACAUGGUGAUGUUCCUUCUGUCCCUCCCCCCUUUUUCCCAGAGCUAAUACACAGGUGCUAUUAUUCAGAAAAAAACUGGUCAGCUCUGGCCAACAGUGAGGUUUCUUCUCUUCUGCCCUAACUAUUGUGUAGCCUCUUAUGCUGAAAUCGGCUUCUCCUGGCUUCUCCGGCUUUCAGAGCCCUGAAACAAAGAGAAACAGGAUCUGUCUCUACCCAGCACAGCAAAUGGUUGUAGUAAUUGCCAAAGCCCUCGUAAACCCCUCCGGCUUGAGGAGAAUGUGUAUAAUCAUGGGUACUGCUCUGUGCCCUUGCUGAAUGCUUCCCGUCUGCCUUCUUCCCUGGAUCUCAGGACACGGGGACUGAGCCUGUAGGUUCUAGCAUGCCUUCCUGCUGCGGCUGCUCCCAAGCGUGGCCUCUCCCCUCUCUCCAAAGAUCAGGUGUCUUUGGCACAGGACUUGGCACCUAGCUCCAUACUGAGACGCCAAGCUGUGUGGGCCCCCCACCUUGUCUCCCACCCCACACUUUGGAAGCUGUAGGACUGUAGGUGCUUUCAUCAGAACCCUAAAAUGGCCGUUGAAGGUGCCUGGGCUGCAGCCCAGCAGUGGCUGGAGAGGCAGGCAGAGGGUAGUGGUUCUCCCAAAUAGGAGUCCUGGGGCCUGGCCAGGCCAGGGUUUGGGCCUAAUGGCUUUGACUAAAUUACCCCUGUCCUCCUCCUUUCCGGAAAAGGGGGAGCCAGAGCCACUCACUAUCAUUCUGCUCUGACCUUGAAGGGGGUGGUAUUGGCCUGGCUUCUGGAAUGGACAGAGUCCACCGUGGAAAGGGCUGGGGGCAGGAGGAGGUGGGGAGGAGCACUGCCUGCGGAAGGUAGGAUUAGAUCAUUAGCUCAGUGACCUCCUAGGGUUUCGAUGUGCUGUGUUCUCAUCCUACAGCUGGUUUGGUAAUGAUCUGCAAGUCCCGGAGAGCAACAGCACAGCUCUGCCUGACGCUCUCAUUAAAAUCUAUGCAGCCAAGCUCGGCGCUUUGUAGCAGCCGGCCUUGCGAAGCCUCCUCAGCUCUGGGGGCUGGGGACCCAGUCAGCCGAGAGGCCCUCUGGGCUCUACUUAUGCAUAUGUGCACCAAAAAAAAAA